CUGUAUAGAUUCUAAUGUUUGCUUUCAUUUAAGGCUGUAUAGAUUCUAAUGUUUGCUUUCAGUUAAGGCUGUAUAGAUUCUAAUGUUUAUCUUAAGUUGAGGCUGUAUAGAUUCUUAUGUUUGUCUUAAGCUGAGGCUGUAUAGAUCCUAAUGUUUGUCUUCGGUGAGGCUGUUAAGCUGAGGCUGUAUAGAUUCUAAUGUUUGUCUUCAGUUGAGGCUGUAUAACGUUCAAUGUUUGUCCAAAUUUUAGGCUGUAUUGAAUCCAGGAUCUCUCAAAUUUGAAGCUGUUUAGAUUCCAAUAUCUGUCUUAAUAUAAAGCUGUAUACAGUCCAAUGUUAGUGCUACGUUGGAGUUGAGAAGACUCCAUUGUCUGUCCUACGGUGUAGCUGUAUAGAUUCCAAUGUCGAUCGAACUUGGGAACAGUGAGCUAUAAUUGUUUAUUUCCUUGCAAAGUAUUUAUUUUAUUUAAAAUUGUCAUCUUUUGUCUUAAUUAUUAUCUGAAAUCUCAAAAAAUGUGGAUAAAGAAAUUUUCAUAUAUUUUACGACAUUUCAAUGGGGGUGUAUAGACUCCAGUGGUCAGUCCGUGAGCGUGUAUAGAAUAUAACGUCGACCAAACAUAUAUCUGCAAAUGUCGCUAUGAAGAAGUCUUGGAAGAAACCCGUCGGAAGUGAUGCAUUUUUUGCUGCCAAGCUUAAAAAGGCAUUGAACGACCAAGACACAGUUACCUUCAACCGAAUUGUGAAAGGAGGAAUAAAUUUAAAUGGAAGAUAUUGGUUUGACAGUACCCUAUUACAUGAAGCCGUACAGACAGGACAGGUGCAUAUGGUGCAGACAUUGCUUCAAAAUGGAGCAGAGGCGAACUGUCAAAAUAAGGACCUGCGUACACCCUUACACCUUGCAAGUCGUGGGGGAAAUAAGAAAAUGGUGGAACUUCUACUGAAUCAUGCAGCAAACCCAAAUGCGCAGUCCAUGGAUCGACAAACUCCACUUCAUUGCGCGACUUGGAAGAAGAAACAUGAUGUUGUUGUGAUGCUCAUUGAACAUGGAGCUGAUGUCAACCUCUUUGACAAGGAUGGAUGGUUGCCCAUUCACUGGGCUAGCAAAUUACAAACUAUAGAGAUACUACUGUCAAAUGGAUCAAUUGUUGAUGCACCCUAUGGAAAGAACCCUCGCACUCCAUUCCUCUCUGCCUUGCUGGCUAGAAAGAAGAAAGAGGCCAUUCUUUUUUUGGAACAUGGAGCAAGUAAUGAGGUAUAUGGGAUAGGAAAAGUGUGUUUACCAAAAGUGAUAAUGGAGGACAAACACUUUCGAUCAGUAGAUCAACUGGCUGCUGUCAAAUCCUUAUUUCACUGUGGUUUACAGUGCAGUGAUUAUGAACUUAAUCUAAUAGCUGCCAACAUGGCCAAUGAGGACAUAAAACGCCAGUUACUGCAGAACUGUGCAAAUAUUGACCUAUCACUGAAAGGAAAGUGUAGAUCUAUAAUUAGAAGCCACUUGAAAUUUUGCAAUCAGGGAAGGUCAAUACUGAAAAGUGUUCAUAGCUUACCAUUACCUGCUUUGCUAAAAAGCUAUGUUUCAUUUGUUCCGAAAGAUGUUUUUGUCAAAUCUAAUUUGUGCUCCAAAACUUGAAAAAUAAUGAAAAUAUUUCUAUCACAGAAUGAAAAAGUAAGUGAAGAAAAGUUAUUUUCCCAUAGCAGUUAUGCCAGAAUAUAUUCAGCCAAACGGUCCAAAGAUUGGCAUCUUGUCAAGAAACUGGCUAGGUUUUGCUGCUGUAUGCUCUAACAUUUUUCUGCAUUUGCAAAAAAGUUUCAACAUGUAUGUCUGUCACACAUUCCUGACAACUCUGUAUCUCCUAAACCACUUGAAUAAUUUUUAGGAUUUUAUGUCAGUUCUAUGUCUCCUAAACUCUUAAUGAAUGAAUAACAUAACUUUUACAUACCCGAAGAUACGCCAUGUGGACAAUCUGAAUGCGUCCUUUAACCAGAUUCGAUCAUCAGGGUUGAUAAUAAACAUGAAACUGGGGUCAAAUAUUCACCAUAUCAUGAGGACACACAUACCAGGCGCACUGGCCUAAGGUCAAGGUCAACAGUUUGAUUUAUGGAUUUGGUGUCCGCUCCGUAUUUUCUUAAUCCCUUGAAGGAUUCUCAUGAAACUAAAGCCCACAUUGCAGGCAUGCCAGCCGCAGAUCACAUUUGAUUCAAUAGUUGCAGCCAUAGAUUGUAUGACUGCUCUGUAUCUUCUAAACCUCUUGAAGGAUAUCCAGUAAACUCUUGUCAAAUGUUCACCACAUUUAUACGACGUGCAGAACCCAUAUUCCUAGCACACUGGCUCAAGAUCACAGUUGAAGGUCAAAGGCUUUAGUUAAAAAAUUUGUGUCCCCUCCCUAUCAACUCAACCCCUUGAAGAACUUCAUGAAACUUGUGUCAGAUAUUCGUCACAUCAAGACAAUAUGCAGAAUCCACACAAGAGGUGUAUCACCGUAAGGUCAAGGUCAUCAUUUAAUGUAAAAGGUUCAACUAACUGGUAUUGAUAUCAUGUCCUCUCCAUAUCUGUUUAACCUUUUAGGAUUUUAACCACAUUUACACGACAUGCAAAACCUUCACUCCAGGCAAGUCGCCUCAAGGUCAAGACCACAUUUGAAGUUCAAAAGUCAGAGUCAUAGAUUACAUGUCGGCUCCAUAUCCCUGAAAUUUCUUGGAAGGAUUUUCAUCAAACUGAGGUAUAAUGCUCAAUGUCCUGGAAAAAAUAAGACAAGCAUAAAGGGAGACAUUUGUAUUUUUGUUUGUUUAAAAAAACAAUUGUCUGGUUGAAUUAAUCAAGAUGUACACCUCAACUUUCAUUGCUUUAAUAAACUGCCUUUCGGCAAUAGCUGCUUUGCAAAUAUUUUCCGAUGAAUGCAACAUCUUCAGAUAUGUUCGGAUCACAAAUCAUUGUAUAACAAUAUACAUGUAAAUUUGUUUAUCUUGUAAUUGUUUGUAUUGUGUCAGCAGGCCCAAACAAAGAAUUAAAGAACAUGUAAGAAAGUAUUAAUUUAUGAUAUGUAUUGUUGUCAUUAGUGUUUCAUAUUUAUGUUUAAAGUGAUUUUGAGUGAUUGUAUUUUUACCGCGUUAUUGGGACGUAUUUUUUUAUAAAGUGUUUCCAGUAACCGUCGGGUCAUUCUAUUUACAGAAUGGGUGAGAUAGUAUGACUGUAAGGUUUUCUUUAAGAAAAGAAGUGUUUCUUGAACAAUUCUUAAUGAAAUAAUGAACUAUUGGUGUAAAUAUAAGUAAUGAAUGGCCUGAGUGAUGUCAUCAUUGGGGAUAUGAAUGCAGCUGGGCUGGUUAAAGUAUGCAUGAAGUGACUCCUCACACUCUAACCAGCCCUACUGAUUCAUACCCUGAUAAUGACAUAUAUCCCACAAUUCAUUCCUUAAUUGGGGAAAUGAUAGGACACCUACUUGUUGUCUCAGGUUUAAUUAGAUUAAAGAAGUUGUAAGAUAUAUUAAAGUUAUCACAAAAUAUAA